CCCCCGUGGUCCUUUAUAAGCAAGGAGGCUGAGCCUGGCUUUCUGAGCGCCCGGCGCAGGGGCUGGAGAAGCGCUGGGAGCCGGCGGCGCGUCCUUUGUGCCCGGGGCCGUGGGGAUGUGUCCGCGCUAAGGAGCCAGCUCCAGUAUGGGGGCCACAUCUGUCUGGGCCUCAGGCCUCCUGAUGCUGAGGCUGCUGCUCCUGGUGGCUGGGGAUCAGGAUACACAGGACACCAUCACCAUGGAAAAGGGGCUUCACAUGCUGAAGUCAGGGUCGGGACCCAUCCGCGCUGCCCUGGCAGAGCUGGUGGCCCUGCCCUGCCUCUUUACCUGGCAGCCACUGCUAGGCACCCUUCGAGACAUUCCUCGGAUCAAGUGGACCAAGGUUCGGACUGCAUCAGGCCAGCGACAGGAUUUGCCCAUCUUGGUGGCCAAGGACAAUGUGGUUCGUGUGGCCAAGGGCUGGCAGGGUCGGGUGUCACUGCCUGCUUACCCCCGGCACAGAACCAAUGCUACGCUUCUCUUGGGGCCACUUCGGGCCAGUGACUCUGGGCUGUAUCGCUGCCAAGUGGUGAGGGGUAUCGAGGAUGAGCAGGACCUGGUGACCCUGGAGGUGACAGGCGUGGUGUUCCACUACCGGGCGGCCCGAGAUCGCUACGCUCUGACCUUCGCUGAGGCCCAGGAGGCCUGCCGCCAGAGCUCCGCCACCAUCGCCGCCCCGCGGCACCUGCAGGCCGCCUUCGAAGACGGCUUUGACAAUUGCGACGCUGGCUGGCUCUCAGACCGCACGGUUCGGUAUCCAAUCACUCAGUCGCGUCCUGGUUGCUACGGUGACCGCAGCAGUCUGCCUGGGGUUCGGAGCUAUGGGAGACGCGACCCGCAGGAACUCUACGAUGUCUACUGCUUUGCCCGCGAGCUAGGGGGCGAGGUCUUCUACGUGGGCCCCGCCCGCCGACUAACUCUGGCAGGCGCGCGGGCGCAGUGUCAGCGUCAGGGUGCUACGCUAGCCUCCGUGGGGCAGCUGCACCUGGCCUGGCACGAGGGCCUGGACCAGUGCGACCCGGGCUGGCUGGCAGAUGGCAGCGUGCGCUACCCGAUCCAGACGCCACGACGGCGUUGUGGGGGUCCUGUCCCGGGUGUGCGCACAGUAUACCGCUUUGCCAACCGCACAGGCUUCCCUGCGCCUGGAGCACGCUUCGACGCCUACUGCUUCCGAGCUCAUCACCUUACACCACAACACAGAGACCCGGAGACCCCCUCUUCUGGAGAUGAGGGGGAGAUUGUGUCAGCAGAGGGACCCCCAGCCCAAGAACUAGAGCCCAGCCUGGGGGAGGAGGCAGCACCUGAGUUCCAGGAACCUGUCAUGUCCAGUGGAGAAGAUGAACCCCUGGACUCAACAUGGACGCAAGAGCCUCAGAAGACCCUUGGUUCUAUUCCAGGCCAUCCCACACUGGCUUCCUGGGUGUUUACAGGUGUCCCCAGUCCCAGCAGCAUGGGAGAGGACAUGGUAGAGACAACACCCUCGGGCACACAGGUAGCCUCCACCCCCAUGGCAAGGAGGGGCCGCUACAAAGGGUUAAAUGGUCGACACUUCCAGCAACAGGGCACAGAGGGUCAGCUGCUUGGGACAGCAGAGGCCAGUGCCCAGCCUCCGACUCUGAAAGUUACUGCUGACUUCCUGGGGCCUUCUGCAACCACAGAGGCCUUGGACAGUGACCAGAGCCGCAGCCACAGUCCCUGGGCCCUUCUGACCAACGAAGUGGACAUGCCAGGAGCAGGUCCCCAUGGCAGCAGGAGUCCUCCAGAGCCCUGGAUGUGGUCUCCGUCUUUGAUCUCACCUACUGUCACAAGCCCUGACCGUGACCCUGGCCUGAAGUCAGGGACAGCUGAAGCCCCCAUUGUUAAAUCAACCCUCCGCCACCUGCCCUGGUCUUCCUCAGAGCCCCCUGUUCCUCCUUCCAGUCCCUCGGAGGCCCCAAGUGUUGUCUACCAUGAGGCAUCCCCUGAUGAUACCUCUCCAGACUUCCCCAUUGUAGCAAUGCUUCGUGCCCCCAGACUGUGGCUUCUGCCACACUCCACAUUCAUCCCCAAUGUGACUCCCAUUCCUCCCUCCCCAGCUUCUCCACUCCCCUCCUGGCACCCAAAAGAACAGGAUAGGGAUAUCACUACUGCUGGGCCCAUCAGUCUUGGAGAAGAAGGCCUUGAAACCCCAUCUCAGACCACUAUGGAUGCCCCAGUUGAAGCCAGCCACAAAUCCCUUGCUACAGAUUCUAAAGAAAUUGGGGGUAUCAGCUCCAUCCAGGCUACCAAGCACCCCAGCUCUGGCCCAUGGGUGUCCUUGGACUCCAGUAAUGUGACUGUCAAUCCUAUCCCCUUGGAUGCUGGCAUUCUAGGGAAUGAGUCUGGGGUCUUGGACAUAUCAGAGAGGCCUACAUCCAGUGGACAGGCCACUAUGGGCAAGAUGCUGCCCACCUGGCUACCACUGCCCAGCCAAGGACUGAACACUGGUUCCCAGUCCUCGCCAUUGGGAGGCCAUGGAGUCACCGUGAGUGUGAAACCUACACUGGCUUUGGAGGGAGGCAUCACCGAGGGUCCUAUGAAGGCCACCAUGGAACUGGUCCUCAGAGGUGCUGAUGCCACUUGGGGGUCGGAACCUCAAAGUUCCAUUUCUAGCACUCAUGUGGCUGUGAGUCCAAGCAUGGACCAAGGAACCAUGGCUGGAGCUCAGGGUAUGCCUACACUAGUCUCCACAAGCUCUCAAGACCAUCCAGAGCCAAAGGACCAGAUGGUGGCCCAGGGGUCACCAGGGCCUCACAGCAGUCUGCCUUCUCAUCCAUGGUCAUCCCUGGCCUCUAGCAUGGAUGAAAUGACCUCAGUUUCCUCGGGGGAGCCCACCGGGCUGUGGGACACCCCCAGCACCCUGAUGCCUGUGUCCCUGGGGUUAGAUGAAUCAGACCUGAAUAUUGUGACUGUGAGUCCAGGAUUGGAGGACUUCUGGGAAGAGGUGGCCAGCGGGCAGGAGGACCCCACAGAUCCCUGCGAGAACAACCCUUGCCUGCACGGGGGCACCUGUCGCACCAAUGGCACCAUGUACGGCUGUCGUUGUGAUCAGGGCUAUGCUGGGGAGAACUGUGAAAUUGACAUUGAUGACUGCUUGGGCAGCCCCUGUGAGAAUGGAGGCACCUGCAUUGAUGAGGUGAAUGGCUUCCUCUGCCUCUGCCUCCCCAGCUAUGGGGGCAGCCUGUGUGAGAAGGACACCGAAGGUUGUGACCGUGGCUGGCACAAAUUCCAGGGUCACUGCUACCGGUACUUUGCCCAUCGGCGUGCCUGGGAAGAUGCAGAGAGAGACUGCAGGCGCCGGGCUGGCCACCUGACAAGUGUCCACUCACCAGAGGAGCACAAGUUCAUUAACGGCUUUGGACAUGAGAACUCGUGGAUUGGCCUGAAUGACAGAACAGUGGAGAGGGACUUCCAGUGGACAGACAACACAGGACUGCAAUAUGAGAACUGGAGGGAGAAUCAGCCAGAUAAUUUUUUCGCGGGUGGCGAAGAUUGUGUGGUGAUGGUGGCACAUGAGAGUGGGCGCUGGAAUGAUGUCCCCUGCAACUACAACCUCCCGUACAUCUGCAAGAAGGGCACAGUGUUGUGUGGCCCCCCUCCUGCAGUGGAGAACGCUUCCCUUGUUGGCGUACGCAAGGCCAAGUACAGCAUCCAUGCCACUGUGCGGUACCAGUGUGACGCAGGGUUCUCCCAGCACCAUGUGGCUACUAUCCGAUGCCGGAACAAUGGAAAGUGGGACCGGCCCCAGAUUGUCUGCACCAAGCCCAGGCGGUCACAUCGGAUGCGUAGACACCGCCACCACCAGCACCGACGUCACAAACCCCACAAGGAGCACAGGAAACACAAGAGACACCCAGUGGGAAACUGGGAGAAGGACGAAGGGGAUUUCUGCUAACCGUCCAGACUAAGCAAGCACAUGCUCCCGCACCUCCUCCAGAGCAUUCACCUGGGGAGCCAGAACCCAGACAGCCAUGAGAGAGGGUGGAAACACCCUUGAGACCACACCCCUGCGGUCCACUGUACAAAGCUCAGAUCUCCCCUUCCUUCCCUCCUGAGGUCCUCCUGGCAGGGAUGGCCAGAGUGGUCAGCCCAAGCCUCUAGGAGCAUCUCCCAGCCACGGGAAAGGGGAUCCCGAAGUCUGGCUGCUAGCCUUCCAAGAGGGGGCGACAGUAUGUUUGUGUGUGCUGGGAGUGGCUUUCACACCAGAGAUUCAGGCUUAGUAAACAGUGGACCAUCCUGAGUCCAGGGUGAAGCUAUGGCUAAAGGUCACCACUGAUUUGAGAGUGGAGGCUCAGCUGAAGCCCACAGUGAAACGUGACCUGCUCUGGCUUCCUGGGAUUCCCCCUAAGGGUGGUCUUUGAUCUGUCUGGUUUUCUUUCUUCCUUCCCCACAAGCUCCCAUCUCCCCCAUCCCC